GUUGCUCUGAUUCCUUACGAUUAUUUUAAAUUCCAAUUUCGAAUACCUUUUGCUUCGUAGUGACCAGACCGUGUGAAAAAGGCUCAAAUUUUGAUAUGGGCAUCCCUUUUCCCCUUUGCUGACUCUCCCUCCCUCUCUCUCUCUCUCUCUCUCUCUAGAUUUUGGUGAUUUUUAGAUUCUCACAUCUGGGGUUAUAAAAGCGAAGGCAGGAUCAGAAAAAAAUUCAGAAGACCCAGUUUUUAUUCAUCUUUUAUUUUUUCUUUCCUUUUUAAAUUUCUGGGUGUGUUUAUAGUGUUGUUGUACAGAAAUUAAGAAAGGGAAAAUGGGAUCUGAAGCGAUCAAGCAAUUCCAAACGUUGAUGGAAGAAAUCGAUGAGCCACUGAAGAACACCUUUCAGAAUAUGCAUCAAGGUUAUCCUAGUGAAACGUUAGUGCGUUUUCUAAAAGCAAGGGACUGGAAUGUUGCCAAAUCCCAUAAAAUGUUGGUUGAUUGUCUGAACUGGAGGAUAAAGAAUGAGAUUGACAACAUAUUGUCGAAACCAAUCAUCCCUGUAGAUUUGUACAGAGCAGUUCGUGAUUCACAGCUUGUUGGGUUGUCAGGUUACUCAAAACAGGGUCUUCCUGUUAUUGCUAUUGGUGUUGGGUUCAGCACAUAUGACAAAGCAUCUGUCCACUACUAUGUGCAGUCGCACAUCCAAAUGAAUGAAUAUAGAGAUCGUGUAAUAUUGCCUAUGGCAACAAAGAAGUAUGGACGACAUAUUGGUACCUGUGUGAAAGUUUUGGAUAUGACUGGUUUAAAGCUUUCAGCACUAAACCAAAUACAGCUGAUGACCACAAUAUCUACUAUUGAUGACCUAAAUUAUCCAGAGAAGACAGACACAUACUACAUUGUUAAUGCACCAUAUAUAUUUUCAGCCUGUUGGAAGGUUGUAAAGCCUCUUUUGCAAGAGAGGACGAGGAGGAAAAUUCAGGUCCUGCAAGGUUGUGGGAGAGAUGAGUUGCUAAGGAUAAUGGAUUAUGCAUCCCUCCCUCAUUUUUGCAGAAGAGAAGGAUCAGGAUCAUCCCGGUCUUCACGAAAUGGAACUACAGAUGACUGUUAUUCUUUGGACCACACCUUCCACCAACAACUUUACAAUUACAUUAAGCAGCAAGCAGAACUCGUGACUUCAUGUGCACCACUUAAACAGGGAUCAUUCCAUGUUGAUUGCCCCGAGCCAGACGUGGAUGAAUCCGACAUUGCCAAGACAAUAGAGUCUGAGUUCCACAAGUAUGGAGAUCAAAAUGGCCUCGCAAACUCGCUGGCUGGACUAAAAGUCAGUGAUUGAUUGAUGUUUGAAGAGUAACGGCCUUUGGUGGGUGGCUAAUUGCCCCAUGGUGCAAUGUUCAUUUACGUGAUGUUAUAGUAUUUGCUUGCAUUAUCUCAAUGCAGGCUUCGGAUGUAAUAGCAUUCACUUACGAGUAGUAUUCCAUGGUCUUUAGCUUUCUGUACUGAAAAAUUUGCAGCUAGGGUUGGUGAUUGGCUGGCUCUACACUAACGCAUUCCAGGCCAAGGUUUUAGCCAGUACUUCCUUUAGGAAGAGGCUUGAAGCUUCUUGUAAACUUUCGAGUUGAAGCUUGUUCAUCCAAAUCAGUAUUAAUCAAUUUUGGUAACUUGAUUGAAACAA